GAAAAUUAAUUAGUAUUUCUAAGAUCCUCUGGUUCGAAAAUGGGCUUUCAUCCACAUCUCUGGAAAACCCACCAGGCGAAGCAACCCAAAAAUCUCAAAUCCAAAAACUCUCCCAAACUCUCCCUUAUAUUAACCUAGUCCGUCAAUUGGCGCGCCAAUGUCAAGCUCGAUUCUUCCAUUCCGAACAAGUUACAGUUCACAAAUUUAAAGCCGAUGAUGGGUCUGACUCCGGAGCAAGACAGAUCGGAAAUUGCAUUCUUCGACGUCGAGACGACGGUGCCAACGCGAACCAGACAGGGUUUCGCUCUACUGGAAUUCGGAGCCAUCCUAGUUUGCCCGAGGAAGCUGGUGGAGCUCCAUAGCUAUUCGACUUUGGUGCGACCCGCUGACCUCUCACUCAUCUCUUCCCUCUCUGUGCGAUGCAACGGGAUUAACCGUGACGCCGUCGUUUCUGCACCUACCUUUGCUGAUAUUGCAGAUAAGGUCUACGACAUUCUCCAUGGACGAAUUUGGGCGGGACACAAUAUACUGAGAUUUGAUUGUGCAAGAAUAAGGGAAGCAUUUGCUGGAAUUGGUCGGCCUCCACCGGAGCCCAAGGGUACAAUAGAUUCAUUGGCGUUGUUGACUGAAAGAUUUGGAAGGAGAGCUGGUGACAUGAAGAUGGCAACUCUAGCUACCUAUUUUGGCCUUGGGCAGCAGACACACAGGAGCUUAGAUGAUGUUCGGAUGAAUCUUGAAGUUCUGAAGUAUUGUGCGACAGUUUUGUUCUUGGAGUCAAGUCUCCCUGACAUAUUCACGGAGAACCAUUGGUUUUCACCAACGAGAACAACAAGAAGUCGAAGUGCUCAAAAGUCAUCUCCUGAGGCAGAGAGCCCUAACAUGAAUACACCGUCAUCAGAUUUUGAGCUCGAAAAUGCUCCAAAGUCAUCUCCUACUGAUGAGAGAGUGGGAGAAAAUCAUCCUAUAUUAUUUCCUCUGACUAGUUGCACAGAAGAGGUGAUUUCAAAUGCAGUUGCACGAGAUACAGCUCAAUCAGAUCCAUUUGACAUGAGCCUACUAGGCAAUGAGAUGAAUACUGACAUCCUUAUACCAGACACCACCAUGGAAGAAAAUGCUAGGUCACAGAAUUUUGAUGUGUCUUCUCUAGAGGGAUGCAGUGGAUAUGGAGGAUUUUUAGGUCCCGAUGAAGUUUCUGUUUCGGAUAUCCAUGUAUCUCUUGUCCCAUUUUAUCGUGGGAGCCAAAGAAUAAAGCUGUCAUAUAAAAAUGUCCAUCUGCAGCUUUUUUCUCAUCUGAAAGUGCGGUUUGGAAUAAGUUCAAAGUUUGUUGAUCAUGCUGGCCGACCAAGGUUGAGUUUUGUGGUUGAUGUACCUCCCAGCUUAUGUAAGGUUCUGGAUGCAUGUGAUGGUAUUGCUCAGAAAUUGUUGACUGAUUCAGGUAGCUGUUCUGAGUGGAGACCUGUUGUCACUCGAAAAAAUGGUUUCUUUAACCAUCCUACAGCAAGAUUGCAGAUACCAACAGUAGUGCAUGGGGACACAGCCCAUCAUGCCACAGAGAUAUAUCAGAAAGAUGCUUCUGGCACCUUGCAAAAGCUUGUUUUCAGUGAAUUUGAUGCCGAAGAGGUUAAACUCUUGUUUAAUCCAGGGAUCUUCGUAGAUGCAUUUUUCUCCUUGGAUCCAUAUGACUAUCAGCUGAAUGCAGGCAUCCGACUUGUGGCAAAGAAGUUGAUCAUAAAUUCCUAAUUAUAGAAGAAAUUGUUGAUCUGAUUCUUACAAGCUAUUGUUUGAGUUGGAGUUAGUGUACAGAAUAAGCAAGUUUUUCAUGAUUAUGAGAUUUGGAUGCAGCUGACAAAAAUAAUGACGCAUGAAAUUGCAUUAUCCUUCCUAGUCUAAUGGUCCCUGUAGUAACACAGCAUAGUUUCAUUAGGUUUUAUUGGCGAUUGUUUAGUAAUUUGAAGUUUUAGAGGGUGCAUUUACUACAAGAAAAAAAUAAGUAACAUUAGGAGUGUUGGUGAUGUUGCCAGUAAUCUACCUUUGUUGCCGUUAAAAAUUUCGUUGCUGAUGCUGUUGUCAAAAACUAAUCAUGUGCAAUUUUUCGACAAAAGAGUAGUUACUAAUGACCCCCGCACAAACCAACAUUAGAUUGGAAAUUUGUUCACCGAAUCUGUAACAAACACAUAUUUUUCUUGUAGUAAGUAUAUUUGCUUUUUA